CACAACGAAAAGUCGACUGCACGUUGACAGCUUUUUGUGAGUGAGGAAAAAGACGACCAUCAACGCGAGAGAUCCUUCACUUUUCCCCAUCGCAGUCCAUCAUGGCGGCUUUCGUAGGAAGAAUUUGUGGAUCCAGCUUAUUUAGCACGAAAAGUGGAGUUACCUUGCAAAAGGUGAGGAAUGCCUCGACAAGCCGAGCCUGGACGAAAAGUCAGAAGCUAGCGACCGUUAGCGGUGUCAUUGUGGGAGGAGCAGGAGCUUUAUUGUACGCUCUGGAACAGUCCGUAUCGGCGUCUGGAACCGAGGUGCAUCCAACAGAACUACCAUGGAACCACAAAGGUUUGUUCAAUUCCUUGGACGCUGCAUCGGUUCGCCGCGGUUACGAGGUGUACAAGCAGGUUUGCGCUGCUUGUCAUUCGAUGCAAUACAUUGCCUAUCGUAAUCUGGUCAAUGUGACACAUACGGAAGCCGAAGCGAAGGCUGAGGCGGCCGAGAUACAGGUUCGUGAUGGCCCCGAUGACACCGGUAACUAUUUCAUGCGUCCAGGCAAGCUGUCGGAUUAUUUUCCAAGUCCGUAUCCGAACGAAGAGGCGGCUCGUGCUGCCAACAAUGGUGCUUACCCACCGGAUCUUAGUUACAUUGCGCUGGCUCGUCACGGCGGGGAAGAUUAUCUGUUCGCGCUGUUAACCGGUUACUGUGAUGCUCCAGCCGGUAUUGUACUGCGUGAAGGGCAGUAUUACAAUCCAUAUUUUCCAGGAGGCGCUAUUUCAAUGGCCCAAGCACUGUACACCGAGGCCGCGGAGUACAGCGAUGGAACCCCACCCUCCGCCAGUCAGCUGGCCAAGGAUGUUUCCACGUUCCUGGUGUGGGCCUCCGAUCCGUGCCAUGACGAGCGCAAGCGUAUGGGCAUUAAAUCGCUGGGCAUUUUCCUGGUUCUAGGUUCAUUGGCUUACUACCUGAAGCGAUAUAAGUGGGCUGCACUCAAAACUAGGAAAAUUUCCUUCUAUCCAAAGAAGUAAACAAGACCUGGCAGCAUGUGUGGGCAUCGAAAGAAGUAAAACAACCACUUCGUUCCAUCAUCGUCGGAAUCGUGAAGAAAACAACAACAAAAAAAAACAGCACACUAACUUAUCACUGCAACCACAUUUACGGAAACCAAAACUGCUGCUAAAUAAUUGUACAACAGAUUAAAGACCGAAUAAAAUGCCAUCACAUUUAAAACUGCUGAAAACCCUGCGUUAGAACAGAGAUUGUGGGGGUGGGGGAGAAAACCAGUACUGUAUUCGCCUCAGCGAGGAAGAAAAUAAAGCAAAGUUUUAGUGUUAUUUAAAUCCGAAA